CCCCAGAACAGCCUCCCGGACAUCGUGAUCUGGCUGCUGCAGGGGGACAGACGCGUCGCCUACGCCCGGGUCCCCGCCCACCGCGUCCUCUUCUCCCGAAACAUCCCCGACUGCUGCGGCUCCCACUGCGGGAAGCUCCAGACCAUCUUCCUCAAGUAUCCGCAGGAGGAGGCUCCGGGGCCGCGGAUCCCGGCUCAGAUCCGGGUGCGGCUCUGGUUCGGCCUGGCCGUGGACGAGAAGGAAUUCAACCAGUUCGCCGAGGGAAAACUCUCCGUGUUCGCCGAGACUUACGAGAACCAGACGAAGCUGGCGCUGGUGGGGAACUGGGGCACCACGGGCCUCACGUACCCCAAGUACUCGGACGUGACGGGGCGGAUCCGGCUGCCCAAGGACAGUUUCCGACCCUCCGACGGGUGGGCCUGGGCUGGGGACUGGUUCGUCUGCCCCGAGAGGACGUUGCUCCAUGACGUGGAUGCAGGACACCUGAGCUUCGUGGAGGAGGUGUUUGAGAACCAGGUCCGGCUCCCCGGGGGGCAGUGGAUCCACAUGACCGACGCCUACACUGACGUGAACGGGGAGAAGGUCCUGCCCAAGGAGGAGAUUGAGUGUCCUCCGGGCUGGAAAUGGGAAGACCUGGAGUGGGACACGGAUCUCAACAGAGCUGUGGAUGAGAAAGGCUGGGAAUACGGGCUGACCAUCCCCCCGGAUCGCCGGCCCAAGGCCUGGGUGCCGGCGGAGAAGAUGUACCACACCAACCGGCGCCGGCGCUGGGUGCGGCUCCGCCGGCGCGACCUGGAGCACAUGGACACCUCCCGGAAGCACAAGCAGGAGGAGCUGGACGGGGAAGGCUGGGAAUACGCGUCCCUGUUCGGAUGGCGCUUCCACCUGAAGCAGCGCAGGACCGACUCGUUCCGCCGGCGCCGCUGGAGGCGCAGGAUGGAGCCCCUGGAACGCACCGGGGCGGCCGCCGUCUUCGCCCUGGAGGGGGCUCUG